AUGUCUCUGGACAGUGCGAUCGACUCCAUAUACAGCAGGACAAAUUGGAGAAAGAAACGUUGCAUGUUUAGGACGAACGGAAUGAUGUUUUUUGUGGCUCAACUCCACUACGAACACAUCGUGCUCGCCGUUUUUCAACGAAAAAUUGUGACGCAUAACCAGAAACUUCCCAAAGAAAUGAAACUACUCAUCUUGGUAUUCGCCAUCCUAGCCAUUGUUGGUGCUGCGGAAGAAGAAAUCAAAUGCGAUGCAAAUAAGAAGUGUCCUCCCAAGUACGUCUGUUCUUCCGAUGGAACCUGUUUAUAUCGCUGUCCAACAUACGUGCCAGAAAGAGUUCCUACAGGAUGUAGGCUGAAAAAUUUCACGGACAGAAGAGGAUGCGAACGUGUAAAAAUAGGCUCGUCCUUCCAUCUUCGUCACUGUGCGCUGGUGCAGGUUACAACACAUAUUUCGCCAAGUGGAAUGACGCAAAGCGGACGUCAUCACAUGCGGCGGAAACCGUCGCGCAGCGUUGUGUGCCGUCCUGUGCCAGCACUGUGUCAUCACACGAUGAAACUGCUUGUCGUUGUCUGCGCCCUGCUGGCUUGCAACGUGGGCGAAAAAAUUAGUUGCGACGAGAAAACGCCAUGUCCUGCAGGAAAUGUUUGCAUUGAUCAGAUCUGUACUCGCUAUCGAUGCCCCAUGUAUGUACCAGCUAGACCUCGUCCAGGAUGCAGAGUGAAGGUGACCACCGACAAAAUGGGUUGCAAUCAUCCGAGUAUCAUUUGCGAUAAACAAAAUGUGAAGUAAAAGUGAAGUGCUGUGACGGUGAUGUAAUAAAGAUUACAAAAUUA